UUUUUUGGACAGAAUGUAGUACAGUAUAUUCUGGCACCCAUAGCUAUGAAUGACUUUAAGGUCUUACAUACUAUAAAAAGUAGCCGUCAGUAUUUUGUCGACAUUUCACACACAAAAAACACACACUAAAAAAAUACAUAAAUCCGAAAACUCCAACGUUCUACAAUAUCCCUCCCCCAUCUUUCCAACACAACUUUCAAUUUUCCACGCGCCUCCCUUAUCCUCCACGCGCGGCCCUGAAGAAGAAGAUAAGAAAAAGUGAGUUGCUUUUAUGAUUGGUGUAGUAGCAUUAAGUUAAAAUGGGGGGAGUGACUUCUUCUAUCGCCGCUAAGUUCGCCUUCUUCCCACCAAAUCCGCCGUCCUACACGGUGGUCGCCGCCGACGGCCAUCUCAGCAUACCUGAGGUAGCAAGGAGGGAUGAGGUAGACGUAUUGAAACUUCGUACUCGCCGUGGAAAUGAAAUCGUGGCCGUUCAUGUGAAGCAUCCAAAGGCAUCCGCUACUAUGUUGUACUCUCAUGGUAAUGCGGCUGACUUGGGUCAGAUGUUUGAGCUCUUUGUUGAAUUGAGCCUCCGUCUACGUGUCAAUCUCAUCGGGUAUGAUUACUCUGGAUACGGACAGUCAAGUGGAAAGCCAUCUGAAUGUAAUACGUACGCGGACAUUGAUGCAGUAUAUAAAUGCCUAAAGGAGCAAUAUGGGGUCAAAGAUGAACAGCUAAUACUCUAUGGUCAAUCUGUCGGCAGUGGCCCAACCGUUGAUCUUGCAUCACGAGUACCCAACUUACGAGCUGUGGUUUUACAUAGUCCAAUAUUGUCUGGUGUAAGAGUUUUGUACCCUGUCAAGCGGACAUAUUGGUUUGACAUUUACAAGAAUGUUGACAAGAUUAGUGCAGUGAAUUGUCCUGUUCUGGUCAUUCAUGGAACAGCAGAUGAAGUUGUUGAUUGCUCCCAUGGAAAACAGCUGUGGGAGCUAUGCAAGGAAAAAUAUGAACCUCUGUGGAUAAAUGGAGGUGGGCAUUGCAAUCUUGAACUUUACCCGGAGUACAUCAAACAUCUAAAGAAAUUUGUUAUUGGUCUUGGCAAACCAAAGCCUGCCGCUAAUGGCUCCCAAAAAGCAUCAACAGAGUCUGACAACCAGAGUAAACCUGCCGAAACCGUCGCCACAGACACAUUUGACCUGAAAACUGAUCCUCCUGAAAUUUCAAGGAACAGUUUGGACAGUCGACUUGAAAAGACUAAGAAGUCAAACAAACCUGAGAAGUCUCGGAUGAGCACAGAUCGUGUUGACAGGUUUAGGAGAAGAAAGGGAUUAGUGUGGUAAUUCCUUAAAUACACAGGGAAAAUACCUUUAAUUAAUCAUCAGUAACCCGCCCAAGAAGGUAACAUGUGCCUGUUUAUGCAACAAGGGAUGAGCCUCUAACUGCAGUCACUGUGAGUGUAAUUGUAGCUGUAAAUGGUCGAGUUAUCUGUGUCAUCAAGAGAUGAAGUGGUGACGGAAAAAUAAAGUAAGUAGCGCAUCCCUUUUUCCCAUGUAUAAUCAAAUGUGACAUUUUGACAUGAAAAGCUUGUAGUUUUAUACUCUUAUGAGCUUCCAUACUUGUAUAUUUGCGAAAAGCUACGCAAGAUGUGCCGCUGUAGUGGCAGAAACUCUUGGAAACAUGGCUUGGAAUAUUUUGAGUGUGUUUCUGAACAUCCUUUAAAAGUUGGUCAUUAAUUAAGUUUCCAACUAUAAGCAUUUUA